AUGCCAUGCCAUGCCAUGCCAUGUCCUCCCAUGGUGGUCCUGCCAUGGCAGCGCAUGGGUUCCGGGUUGGGCCCGGGUAUCCCGCGGGCGCUGGCCCCCCCGCCGCCGCCGUCGUUGCGAGCGCCGUAUCAUGUACGAAGCAAGGUAGCAUUGGUAUCUGAUUUGCAAGCCGCGAGGGGGAGCACAGGUCUCCUUGGCUGCUGUCGUCGGAGUACGAUUGGGAUCAGAGUCGCCUCCUGCACCAGCACGGGGCAGCACGACCAGCAUGAGCGCCGCUGGCAUCAGCACGCAGCAGCAUCACCACCACCAGCAGCGCCAGCGCCAGCCUCAACGCCAAGGGUGACAAGGUGA